AUGGCUAGAAUCUGCCUCAAGUAAGUCAAGGCCACUGAGCUUACAACCGCUGAAUGAAACUUGAUAACUGGAUUAUUGUGAAUAUUAAUUACACUUGCUAUCACUGCACGAAGCAUUAAAACUGGAGUACUGGGCACUUUUAUGAAUCAGUAAUUAUCUGCGCAAUUUUUACGUUAGUCGCGCGACUUAUUUGACAACCCCUAGAUCCGCCCCUGUGUAUAUGCAUGGUAUAUGAUUGAGAGUCUUAAAGGGUAUUGGCAACAAAAAUUGCUUCAUCUAUCUUAUUGCUUCAUCUGAAAGAGCAUGAAAAAAUAAGCCGAUUGGCCGUUUAAUGCUCUAUUCUAUCUCAUCUAGUUCCGAAGUUAUACGCAAAAAUGUGAAAAUAUAAAUUGCUGAUUCAGCACAUCGUGUGACCAACCUCGUCCCCAGGGCCUUUGAGCUGGAGAAGGCCCUGGCAUCGGCUAAAAUUUACACCCCAAGUUUUGGGGUGUAAUAAAUUAAGACCCAUAUAAUAUAUUCAAAUUAUAUGCAAUAUUUAAUUCUGAUGGCCAAGGAGCGGUGAACACGAAUAACAGUAUUUCACACACGGACUGUUGUCAAAAUGUGGAAAUUUUCUGAUACGUUUAAGCGGUUACAUGUAGCAUUUGCUAUGAAUAAUUUUCCCAGUUUUUGUUUGAAACCAAAGCAAGUUCAAUGCUUUGAAUAUUUGCUUCAAGGCUUCGAUGUGUUGUCGAUUCUUCCAACUGGCUUUGGAAAGUCGCUGUUGUUUCAGCUUUUGCCAGACCUUUUGCCAGUUAAAAAGUCGUCCCAGAAUAUCAUUCUUGUUGUCUGUCCGUUAUCAAGUAUAAUCGAAGAUCAAAUCAGUGCUCUGAGUUUGAUUGGAAUUCCAGCAGAAAUUUUACCAAAUACAUGCGAAGAUUCUUCACAUUUAUACAAUUCGGAGUCGUUGUUUGAUCGCAAGGAGGAUACAAACGAACAAACUUCGGAAGAAUGUAAUGUAAACGUUUCGAAAGCAGUGAUCGAUGGAAAGGCGAAAUUGUUAUUUGCUCAUCCCGAAGCUCUUCUAAGCACGUUCGGAAGAAAGCUUUUGAUUAGUAAAGUGUAUCAGGAUAAUGUGGCGGCUUGCAUUUAA